GCUCGCAGACGAAGACGCGCUUUUUCGGGUGCGCCAUCGACGUGCGGUCCAGGGGACCGUUGCGCGAUACACUUUCGGCUAUGGAUGUCUGCGGCGAAUCGGGGGUGGCGAAGCCGGCAGCGCCGGAAACCUGACGCAAUCGAGAGUACGCGGUGUGUGUGAAACCGGGACGGACACGACGGCAUGGGCGUGAGACCGGGCCCUCUGCUUGCGGUCUGGUUUGGGCUCGUCGUCUGCUUCUCGUACCGGCCCGCGCAGUGCAGUUGGUGGCUGCUGGGCAUGCCGAGCACGUACCAAAACAUGCUGACGCUGAAGGCGUCGGCGCACUCGGAGAACUGCCACAAGCUCCGCUACCAGGUGAAGGAGAACCGGGACCUGUGCGUACUCAGCCACCGCGCGCUGCAAACGGUGAGCCGCGGCGCCAAGCUGGGCAUCGACGAGUGCCAGUUCCAAUUCAGGGCCAGUCGCUGGAAUUGCACGACCUUCCACAACAUACCCUCCGUCUUCGGAGGGGUGCUCAACGUCAUGAGCCGCGAGAAAGCGUACGUGUACGGCGUGUCGGCUGCGGGCGUGGCGUACAGCAUCACGCGGGCCUGCAGCAAGGGCGAGCUGAACGAAUGCGGCUGCGACAGCGCCAUCCGGCAGCGCAAGCCCCGCGGCUCCUGGGAGUGGGGCGGCUGCUCGGACGACAUCGGCUUCGGCGCGCAGUUCAGCCGCAAGUUCGUGGACGCCGGCGAGGACCCGGCCACGGCGUCGGGCCUCAUGAACCUGCACAACAACGAGGCCGGCCGGCGCACGCUGCGCCGCAGCAUGGAGACCGUCUGCAAGUGCCACGGCGUGUCCGGCUCGUGCUCGGUGCGCGUGUGCUGGCGCCGGCUGAAGCCGUUCCGCGCCGUGGGCGACGCGCUGUCGGUCAAGUUCGACGGCGCCACGCACGUGCACAUGACGCGCGCCGGAACCAGGGCGGGCGGCCGGAAGCGCCGGCCCCGGCUCCGGCCCGUGCUCAGGGACGUCAAGAAGCCCGGAAAGAAGGACCUCGUCUACCUCGAGGAGUCGCCCGACUACUGCACGCGCAACGAGACGCUAGCCGUGCUGGGCACCGCCGGUCGCUCGUGCAACAACACCAGUUACGGCAUGGACGGCUGCCGGCUGCUGUGCUGCGGCCGCGGCUACCAGACGGUGGUGCGCGAGGUGGACGAGAAGUGCCACUGCAAGUUCGUCUGGUGCUGCAAGGUGCAGUGCCAGACGUGCAGGGUCACCAAAGAGGAACACUUCUGCAAGUGAACUGCGCGCGCCAUCUUGCUAUCCUCCUCCUCUGCGAGGCGGCUCUAGUCCCUGGCACACACACGCCGCCGCCGCCGCCGCCAGACACACCGUAGACCUGCGAGGCAACAAACGCCAGCCACACGCAUGGGAACAGCCGAACGGGGAGAGCGCUUUGGGGAGAGCGCGCCGCACAAGAGCAAGUCAGCGUGCCACACGCAUGCGCGAAAGAAGCGAACAAGUCGGCGACGCUGGAGCGACCAAUCAGGACUAUCCUCGCGCAUCAGAACUUGCUCUGACGAUGCACACAUAUGAUGCGAUCAGCGGACAGGCGGGUGACAGAAAUGCGAAGGUGAACGUGUGCCGGUUUUGUCCCAGUAGAUUGUGUAGCAUGUCAGGCAUUCGCGAAGCACGAUGUAACCUGCUUUCUAUUGCAGACGUGUGCACACUUCCUGUCUGGCGCACUUGGGCAGUUUGCUGGAUGCGAGAAAAGGCGCCAUAUUAGUUCGAUUGCUUGGCCCAGGCCGCGGUGGCUUAGGUGAACAUUGCAUUAACCUAACUCGUCGUGCAAUGGCUCGAGUAGCCGCGUUGCGCAGGUGUUUCAACGACGUACCGUCGUGAGCAUGCUUAGCGUGAACAUGGAAGCGUGUGUUGCAUGGUGCUAUCACGACGACGCCUACACCAACACGAAGCUCUGCACAUGUGCAGCUAGUUUGUGAUGCGAUUAUUUGGCUAUCACGUCAUCGGUGCGCACCUUCGACGAAGGUGCACUCAGAUGACUUACCCCCGUAUUCUAGAACGCCCCUUCACUCAACGCUCCACCUUCACUUGAGAAAGCCGAAGGGAGCGCCAUCUAUGGGCGGGGCAACUCACUGCAUAUCAGUGAUAAUUUGCUGCUAUUCUUGAGUUGCGCAGCGUCAUUUUCAGCCGAGCAGCGGCGCAGAGCUCAACCCUGUCAAGUGAAUGGGUGAAAGUCGAGUCUAGGAGCGUUUGUGAAUACGGGGGUUAGUGUAUGCGAUGGCAAUUAUAGUCUCGCCUCCGCCUUUAAUGCACUGCGCAUGUGCAGGGCCUCGUGCAGUUCAGUGUAUCUGAUAACACCACGAACGCGCUCCCAAGUUCAUGCUAAUCGUGCUCACAAAUGUACUUUAUUCGGCUUUCACAGGCGAUCUGCUCGCCUGAAGCUCUAUAUGGGCUCGUUGGCGAUCAGUAAUGUAGCCUAACGUAGGGUUUUGCAAGCAAGGAAGGAGCCAUAGAAACCUCUGU